ACGUCAUCCAGUCCCGAAAACUGAUGGGAAGAUCGUCGACGCCUCCGCUGCACGUAACCUGCCCGCGGAUUCACAGGUAGAAUCCGGCUUAAUCACUCUCUGGACCCUCCUUCCUAGGCCUACAACCGGUGAAACGAAACAGGGAUCCCACGUUGGUCUUCGGUUAGCGCCAUGCGACGAUCUGAUCGCUUAUGGAGCUUCCCUCUUCGUCUCGACUCCGAUGUGCAUGCACGUUGCUACGAUAUCGCUUCUGUGACUGUUUCUGCCUGUGCUGGCGGGGUGCACCCUGAGAGACUCAGCUCUGCAGAGGAACCGACGCCUCCAGGGCCGAGAGAUGCUACCCGGGCUUCGAGACUCUCACAAGACGAAAGAGAACACAUCUCUUCCUGACACGCGCAUGGUCAUAUGUGAUGGAAACGGACGAUCUCUGCAUACCAACCUACUAAGUAUAAAGCUCGCGUCGUUAGUGCAAGCUUCUAGGAUCUCGGCUUCCCCUUCCUUUCCUGCCUUGCCCCCAUGUACGGCCUCUCUCUGUCCCUGCUGCUACUGCUCGUCCCGGGCGUGCUGUCGGAGCCGCUCCGGAGUCUGCCAAUGGAGAAGCGCCAGAGCGACUCGUAUCGCACGCUUACGACGGCAAGCAACCCGGACUGGAUGAUGACCGUGUCGGACGGCGCGUCCCUCGGGGCACUGUCGAUCCCCGGCACGCACGAGUCCCUGGCGUUGGUCGGCGGUGAUAUCACAGAAUGCCAAGAGAACCUCGGAACGUCCGCUGACACACUGACGGCGCAGCUGAGCGCGGGCAUCCGCAUGUUCGACAUCCGGCUGCGCAUCGAGUCGGGCAACACGUUCGUCGUGCACCACGGCGCGGUGUACCAGGACGCCAACUUCGACGACGUGCUGACGAAAGUCAGCGCGUACCUCUCCGCGCAUCCCACCGAGGCCGUCCUCAUGCGCGUCAAGCAGGAGUGCACGGGCCAGAUCGGGUCGUGCACGGACGUGUCCGGCCAGGCGUCCUUCGUGGACAUCUUCGACAUGUACACCGCGCGCUACCCGAAUGCGUUCUGGGCGCCGAGCAUCAACCGCAACUCCGCGCCCGGCACGCCGACGCUCGGCGCCGUUCGCGGCAAAAUCGUGCUCGCGGUGAUCAACGGCCCCCAGGGCGGGCGCACCGACUCCUACGGGCUGGCGCAGUUCUCCGGCUGGAAUGACGGCGACUCGACGUACAUCCAGGACAACUACAACGUCCCCGACGUCGGCGCGAUCGCGACCAAGCGCGACCAGGUCCGCCGCUUCCUCGACGCGUACAACGCGCCCGGCGCCGAUUUCGGCAGCAUCUUUGUGAACUUUGGCUCCGGCUCCAGUCUAUUCGCGUUCCCCAACCAGGUCGCGGGCGGGGCGUUCGGUGUCCAGGGCGUGAAUCCGUUUGUCGAGAUCUACCUCGGCCAGGGAACAGAUGUCCACCAGGCAGUCAAGCGCACCGGUGUUCUCAUGCUGGAUUUCCCUGGCGGUGGGCUGAUCAAUAAGAUUCUCACGUUCAACGCCGGCCUGUACCGACACACGCUGCGCGCUGCUCAGACCACUGGUCGUGCAAAGCGCAGACAACGACUCCUCGCACCAGCGCACACCACAUCCGCAGCACAACCGCGAUGGAUAACAACUCCUCGCAACACCGACCCUGAAACUGACCCCGAGACGAGACUGAGCGGAUGCGGUCUUCGCACCCACGCAUGGGGCCACAGGGCUGUUCCCGCAUCCCCUGUCCCUCCCUUGUCUCCGCCUCCCCCACCUCCUCUCCGCCCCAGCGCCGCACGGGCCCAUGGCGCACCCCUACAGCGGCUCCGCAGGGUACAUCCAUGCGAACGAGGUGCGUCUGCGGGGCACUGCGCCGGAAGCGAUGUUGCUGAGCCCCUCUUGCAGUACCCCUUCACGCCGAUCCAGGAGCGGUUCAGUGGCGGACUGCGGAGCCAGGCAUCGACCGACUCACUCUACCGGCGCAACACGACGUGGUCCGCCGACAGCCACACCCUCGCCUGGACCGGCACGCAUACCCAAUCAGGCACCACGCACACGCAGUCCUCCUCCUCCGACGUCGAUGCGCCGCCCGGCCCCCGCCAUCCCCCGAAGACGACGACGAAAGUGACGCUCGUGCCGGCAUCGGCGAAGCGGAGCGUGCCCACGCGCAAUGGGCUGCACCCGUAUGCGCACCAGGGCCUCAAGUCGUGGAUCGACACGGACGAGGACGACGAGCGGGAUGUGCGGGAGCAGGUCGCUCGAGGCGCUGGGAACCAAAACGAUGCGUCUGCACCCGGGCAUCAGGCCCGAAUCGCGACGACGGGCCCCAGAACGAAGAAGGGCGGCAGAGUCCCAUGGCGUUCUCUCGGCAUCCCCUCGGCCGCCGCCGCUCCGCCUUGCAGACCAGUGGCUGUCCAGACACCUGACGAUCGGUGGCCCAUAGGCGUCCCAUACGAUCCACGGACGCCGGACCUGGAGAAGGAGGAAGAGAAGCGGCUUGUGCGCCGAGCCGCAUCAUGGAAGAGGAAGGUGCAGGUAUGUGUCAACAGCGCUGAUGAGUGCGGGGCAGCUGACGGGAUAUGGAUCCUCAGCGACGUGUCAAAAAAGCCCUGCGGCGACUGCGACGAUUUUUGUGAGCCCAUACCCGAACCGCACAUUCGAUACCCCAAUCUCUGAAACGACCAGAUAGCUAGCCAGCUAUUUAUCCAUAUAUAUACCUACCUGUGUGUACUGUACCACAAUCGACUCUCAUUCUGCAACCUCACCGAUUUUCACGGAGGACCGGUU